AUGACAUGUUUAAUUAAAUCAAAUACAACUCUUUUAAAAAGAAUUGCUAGUAGAGCUACUACUAGUGUAUUUGGUCAAUACCAAUCUAAUUAUUCUACUAGUACAAACAAUGUCUAUUACAAACAACAAGAACCUAUCUCUCUCGUAGGAAAGAAUGCAUUGGUUACGGGUGGCUCAAGAGGUAUUGGAUAUGGUAUAGCACACGAGCUGGCAGAACGAGGAUGCAAUGUAACCAUUCUAAGCAGAGAUGAAACUAGAGGUAAAGAAGCACUUGGUUCAUUACCUUUGACACAUCAAAAUCAAAGACAUGGUAAUCUAGUAGCUGAUCUAUCAUCAUCAAAUGCUCCAAAACAAAUCGAUUCAUUAUUGGCAUCAUUAAAAUCAACUACAACUACUGAUGAUCAACAAGAUUCUUCUUCAUCAUCAUCAUCAUCAUCAUUUGAUAUUAUAGUACAUGCAGCAGGGAUUGCACAAAGUUCAUUGUUUAUGAGAACUAAUCCCGAAGAAACAACAUCUAUCAUCAACACUAAUCUAGUGUCACCAAUCUAUUUGACUAGACAGUUGAUCAAACCAAUGGUACAAAGUAAAUGGGGUCGUAUCAUCUUUAUAGGUAGUGUGGUUGGUUCGAUGGGCAAUAAAGGUCAAACCAUCUAUGGUGCAUCCAAGAUGGGUGUGGUUGGAUUCUCAACUUCAUUGUCUAAAGAAGUCGGUUCCUUUGGCAUCACCUCUAAUGUCGUAUCACCAGGUUACACUGAAACUGAUAUGACUGCCUCAAUCAUUCAAUCUCCUCUUGCUUCAAAAAUACUAGAAAAAAUACCAAUUGGUAGAUUUGGUCAUGUUAAUGAUAUAUCAAAAACAGUAAUGUUUAUAAUAGAAUCUGAUUAUUUAACUGGACAAAAUAUACAUGUAAAUGGUGGAUUAUUUACAAGUCCAUAA